AAUCUAUACCACACAUAUGUUAAAUGUAUUUAAAUGAAAGCAUGUACUACCUCCGUCCCCCUAAGUUUGAGACAAGAAAAGGUGACACAGUUAUUAAUAAAUUUGAGUUUAUGUGGUUGAAAUUGAAUUGAUAAAGUAAGAAUAAAGUAGGAAUGAUUUAGAACCACACAAACUUUACCAAAUAAGUUAUGAGACAAUCUUAGUGGGACGGACCGAAAUGAUAAAAUGGGACAAUCAUAGCGGGACAGAGGGAGUACCAAAUAACUAUGAUAGUCCAGCGGUUCUUUCAUAGCUAAGGAGUGAGAGGUUUUGUGUUCAACUCCCACUAGCAACAUAAUUUUUUACUUGAGCAAAACAUAUCCGGAUCUGAUGACAUGGAAUGACAAGCAACUAUUUGGCAUAAGUGACGUGUCAGAUAGGGUGACAUGGCAAAAAUAUACCUUAGUUUGUAAAAUAAGUUUAAAACUGCCCUACUUUAAAAAAUACGUAGUAAGUUUUAAAAUCACGAAAAAACAAAAUUAAAUUCUAAUAAAUGGAUGACAUGACCUUUUGUCUUUUUAAACCCGUGAGAAACAAACUCACAUGUGUAGAUAGGAGGGAAGCAUGUGCAUUACUAUUGUACUUAGUAUACACGUGAACUAAAAACAGCACCAGGCGACUUGGAGGUCAUCAACGAAGUAUCUCUCACGUACAUACUCUAGCUAGCUCGCAUGUCGCUACUACGUACUACUUCCACUCUGGUAACCACUAACAUGCACCCCCCAAUAGGGUUGGCAGCAGUUUCUCUUCCACUUGCCUCCUUCAUCCUCCUCCUCUUUUCACCGCCAACCAUUGCCCUAAUUCCACCCAUUAAUGCUACAGCAACCACUACAAUCACCAAAGGCACCAACAUCACCAAACCGGGAUGUCCACGGAAGUGUGGAGACGUGACCAUCCCGUACCCGUUCGGAGUGGCCCCGGAUUGCGCUCUGGACUCGAGCAUGGAAAUCACUUGCAACACCACUUACAAUCCUCCAAAGCCUCUAAUGGGAAACAUUUGCGUCUACCACAUCUCCGACUCCCAAGUCUGGAUCUCCAACGACGUUGUUUACCAAUGCUACAACCGGAAAGGGGCCGUGACCUCACAAAAUUGGGCGUCUACAACUUGGACCGAUUUCAGCAAUUACAACCCCUACACUUUCUCUCAUGAAAAUAAGUUCACUGUUGUCGGGUGCGACGACGAUGCUACCUUGGCCAGAGACAACCUCGGAAAGAUGAAGAGGACCGCACAAGUCUGCUCCGCCUCUUGCGACAAGCCGGAGGAUGUGAUUGGCGGAAGCUGUGAAGGUACCAACGGUUGCUGCCAAUACACGAUUCCGAAGGGAUCCAAGUAUUAUAGCUUAGUUAGAUUGGAAUCCCCGUCCAACCAUACUCAGGUCUGGUCCGGUAACCCUUGCGGGUACGCGUUUAUUGGGGAGACCGGCAAGUUUAACUUCCGGGGCUUCGAUGACCUUAAGGAUCCGAAUUUUAUACAGAGGGUCAUGGAAACCGUUCCGAUUGUACUGGAUUGGGCUAUUGGGAUUCUGAGAUGUAAGGUCGCUAAUAACAGCGAUGAUUAUGCGUGCAAGGAGAAAAGUCAAUGCGUUGACGUUGAAGCUGAAUCCGGAGGUUACCGUUGUAGGUGUGAGGAUGGUUAUGAGGGCAAUCCUUAUAUCUCUCACGGCUGCCAAGAUAUUGACGAGUGUACAGAUCCAUAUCAUGAGCAUCAAUGUGAAAUGAACUGUACAAACACGCCUGGAAGCUAUACAUGCUCUUGUCCGGAUGGGUAUCAGAUUGUAGGCGAUGGUAAAAAGAGAAUUAAUGGUGGGGUUGGUUGUCUUGCACCAGUUCAACCUAAGAAGUCGGAUUUCCCCCGCUGGAUCAAAUUUGCGUGUGGUGUCAACUUUUUACAGAUAAAUGGGUGGUGCUCGUAUUCUUUACAGUGAAAGCAAUAAUUGGGAAACAUUUCAUAUACCACCAUUUGAUUGAAUACCUUUCGGAAAGGUAAUGUUAUGGGAAAUGAGAGCUGGGGUGGCUUCAAAACAUCCACCUCAAUUAGAACCCUAGCAAAAUCGUGAUUCAUCCUGUCAUGGGUGUCCUUAUCGGUUAUCCGUAGUCAAUGGAAUGCCAACCAGCAAUACUACUUCACUCAUAGCCUCAUCAUUCCGAAGCUUCUAUGAUAGUCUGGGUUUAUCCAAAUAGGUACUUUUAGAAACUCUUCAUCUUCAAAAGAGAGGUUUUCCGAUAGUACUUUUAGCAUUAAUUGUUUCCCAAAUAAGGUGUAAGGGACCUCAUUCAGCACCUUAGUCCUAUCUGAUUCAUUCUGAAAUUUGAAAAUUACUCAACCUUUAUCAUGGGAUCUAACAAGAUAUUUUACUCCCAUUUUGAUUUCAAUUCAUGAAUUGCUUUAAGACCAGGGAAUCUACCUGUAAAGCACGCAACAAGACAAUAACCCCAUAUCUCAACCAUGGAUGACAAAACUCUAUCUGCAAAGUCUAACCACUUUGUUUUUAGUGGGAUGUAUCUGAGUUUGAUAUCAUGCGUAGGAUCUCUAUUAUCUCUGAAGAGAGUAGUCCAUGGCUUUAUAGCCAUGUCAUUGUUCUUUUGGAACACCCAUAGCAGGAAACUAUCCAGGAUUUACCUCAAGUUCAAUACCGAGUGGUACAUCCCCCUCCUUUGAAAUCUGCCUAGCUGCCAUCAACAUAUUAUGCCCAGCUCCUGGCAGCUUUCAGUAACACUGUGCAGACCCAGCAGCUGGGAUUGAUUUCACUGCCUCAGUAGCAUCUCCCGCAUCAUCUAUCUCAAAAUAACAGCCCCAGAUUAUUUUGCAGGCUUCUUCCGGCUAAUCCCAGAUGAUAGAGCUCGGAACCCCUAAUGGCCUAAUCUGUGUUUGCAAGGAGAGCAUAGCUGAACCUGGUCACUCGCGCCGUCGAAUGCUCCACGGACCCCUGCAUCUUCGUUACCAUAGCAGAAACGGUGAACAGUAUCCGGAUUCUGGGUUUCAGUAGACCAGCCUUUCCUCGCUCAAGCACAGGACCUAUUAGUUCGUCUUAGAACGAUAAACACCAGCCGAACCUCUUUUCACCGAAAUUGGUUCUGAGAAGUAAACAGUAAACCCACGAUUUUUGCAUCCGUUCAUUGUUGAGUUUUUGGCCAAAAAUCAACAUUCCAAAAACAAAUCCAAUCUCGGAACUAUAAUCGGAGGAGAAAUUUGACCUAGAAACAUCAAGAGAAAACCCGAAUCAAACACUAAUAUUGGCUAAAUGAACGAAAAUCAAAUUCGUCUUGAACAAUACAAUCCACGAUUCGUCAUCUCGUUUUUGAGAUUUUGGUCUUCAUUCAUCGUUCUAAAUCCAAAUCCCAGAUCAGAAGUGGUAUUAAGGGAGAAAUCCCACCAAGAACACCAAUAGAAA